UUAGCAAGAAAAUGGCAGAAGCAUUUGAAAAUGAAACGGAGAGUGAUUUGUCGGCGUUGCUGGAUAGUGCUUUGGCAGAUUUUGGUCGUACCCGUAACACAGACGAUGAAUUGGAUUCAAUGAUGGAUACAAUGGAUCAGCAAGCUGUGCAAAAAGCAGUUCAGAAAUUUGAUGACGUGAUGAAAACAUUGCAAGGAUCCAGCAGUCAUCCGAAUGUUAGUUCACCUGAAACAAUGCAAAUGACCGUCGACGAGCGCAAAGCUGCUGAGAAUUUUCAAAAUAUGCUUAAAACAUUGGUUGAAGCUGAACAAAAAGCACUUAACGAGCAUCCACCAAAUGAAGAUGACCAGCAUGGUUAUAAUCGGGCUAGUGCUGGAGCUUUUAUCGAGGAAUUGAAAAAAUUAUCAGAACAGGAUCCAGCUAAUAUAGCGGACGAGUCGCAAUAUAAAACGCUAAUAAAUCUUGUUCAAGCAUUCUUUUCAAAAGAUUUGAUGUAUCCGCCACUGAAGCAGCUGCUGGAGAGGUUUCCCAACUAUAUAGCAGAACAUAGUGAGUUAGAUGCGGAAACGAAGGCUCGUUAUGAGAAGCAAAUGGAUGUAAUAGAACGUGUAUGUUUGGAAUAUGAGAAGAAUGAAAGCGGAGAUUUAGAAGAAAUGAAACGGCGGUUUGAUACUAUCACCACAUUAAUGCUGGAAUUACAGUCGUAUGGAUAUCCUCCCGAAGAACUAGUGGGCGAAGCUCCCCCUGGCUGGGUUACGGAUCCUCAAACUGGCUUACCAAAAGUGGAUGAUGUAUCAACGGCUGCCGAAACUUGCUCACUUAUGUAGUUAUUAACUAUUUAAUUUGUUUGUUUUUUCUCUUUUCUUUUUCAGUCUUAGAUCAAUCAUUUUUAUGUAGGGGAACAACACUUAUUGCAG